GUAUAUUGUGUGUAAUGUGCAAUCAAUGGAAUGGAAAUUGUCAACUUAUUACAUAGUGUCUGAACGAAGGAAUAUGUUAUAUACUGCAUGUAAUGAGUGUGUGUGGUAAAGUGAACAGUGUGGUGUAAAGUGUGAAAGCGGAGUUUAACUUGUGUAAGACGCGCGCGAACGACACUCACACGCUACCUGGUAACACCGUACUGGCUGGAUUAUUGUGACGCCAAAUUCAAAGCAAGACUUAAUGGUAGCACAAUUUACGCGGUGAGCAAGGUGUGCGCAACGGAUCAAUCACACAGAAAGGAUACAUAAAGGACACAAUAAAAAUCCUCCAGGAAAGUAGAUUGGAUAAAGCCGCAUAAGAGGAUUAAUAGAUAGCCGGACCUGAUAUAACAUCACUGUAAAAAGUUACUAAUAAGACAUCCGUUAAAAAAAAACUCAAAAGCGAAAAUGUCAGAUAUUGGAAGCGGUGAUGGAGAUCUCGGAGGAUCAAAAUACAAUGCUCCCAGCAGCAUGGAUGGUACAGGGCGAUGUGAUUUUGAUCCGUCGGUAAAAGCUCCUCAAGGACAAACCGAACAGGAGUUGGCUACCAAAAUGCUGCAAAUACAAUCUAAGAGAUUUUAUUUGGAUGUUAAACAAAACCGACGUGGACGUUUUAUUAAAGUCGCUGAGAUUGGGGCUGAUGGCAGGCGCAGUCAAGUUUACUUAGCUUUAUCUACAGCUGCAGAGUUUCGGGAUCAUCUCUCAACAUUCAGCGACUAUUACGCUUCAUUGGGACCACCGAAUCCCGAUAAUUUGCCUGAAGAUGGUAAAUUGAAAUCCGAAAUGAUGACCAAGGACAAUCGACGUUAUUAUUUGGAUUUAAAAGAAAACGCAAGAGGACGUUUUCUAAGGGUUUCUCAAACAAUUACACGAGGAGGUCCACGUUCUCAGAUUGCCAUACCUGCCCAGGGUAUGAUUGAGUUUCGUGAUGCCCUUACCGAUCUCUUAGAAGAAUUUGGCACCAACGAUGGCGGAUUUAAAGGCGAUCUGCCAGAAGAAAGGCACAUGAAAGUGGAUAAUAAAAAUUUCUACUUUGAUAUCGGUCAAAACAAUAGAGGCGUCUAUAUGCGUAUAAGUGAGGUCAAAUCAAAUUUUCGUACAGCUAUAACUGUACCCGAAAAGUGCUGGACACGCUUUCGUGAUAUUUUCAAUGAUUAUUGUGAAAAAAUGAAAAAAUCGUCCGAAUCACCAUCGUCAAUCACUGCCGAUAACAAUCCCAUACAGCAACAACAACAACAGCAGCAGCAGCAGCAACCACAAGCUAAAUAAAUAUGCAUGUAAAGAGCGUCGUUGGACACACAGCAGCGAAUGUGGAGUAGCGCGUGGGGAGACGAGUAAGGCUUACUUGUGGGGAAGGUUUUUAGAAGAAGUUGAUGAUAGAGUAAUUACACAAGUAGCAGCGGGAAACAAUUGACAAUGUCAUUAUUACUGUUAUAAUCUAUUACAUUCGACACUCUUUACACAACACACACGAAAUACACACACAGACACACACACACGAGCAUCAACCUCAAAUAACAAAGAUAUAAGACCCUCCAAACAUUUGGAAGUGACUUUCUCACUCCCUCCCAGAAUAGUCACUUUUUAGGUCCUUUUGUGUGAUAGUUUGUAGAGAUUUCAAGAUUUAUAACAACAAAAUACAUUACUGUCGGAAUUCUAUCAUUCAUGUUUCACUAAUUAGUUUCUCAUAAUCAACUGUUAUUGCUACAAAUUUAAAAAUAGAUUUUUUGUUGUUGUUUUGGACGCUAACUCAAAAACCCCCAAACAAGAGAAUGUAUGUUAACUUUGCCUUCUGUAAUGAAGAAAGGCCGGUAGCACAGAGGGAUAGCAUACGCCUCACAAUCGUAAGGUUGGCUGUUCAAAUCCCAGUCAGAGAAAAUCAUUGCAAAUAAAAUCUUCGAUUAUGAAUCUUUGAUUUGGAAAAAAAAUAAAUUAGAAAGAGAAAUAAAAAUAAGCCUCACUCUAAAAGGUAAGAAAAACAUUAGGCAAAUAAAAAUUUAUUUUGAUCAAUGACGUUGAGAAUCGAAUUUUACACUUUUUUUAGUGCCUAUUUAGUCACUCAUGGGUAUAUAUCGCCAAGUGGCACGUUUUCUCCCGUACCGAGACACUAAUUAGAGUAAAAAAUGAUAUCGCCUGAGAUUGUUUUCAACUUCCUUGAGUGCAGAUUUAGUGACUCGCACGAUAGAAAAUGUUUGGAGGGGAUAGACGUAUAAAUGUAUAGACUCCUUAACUCAUUGAUUAUUUGUGCACUCACAACUAAACGAAAACGUUAGUUUCAUAACCCCCACCCCUCUGUUGGAGUCUGUUUGAAAAAUCUUCUAAGGAGCCUAAACAUUUAGGUAUGGUCUUUGGACACAAUAAACACACACAUACACACACGUACACAGUUUCAAAACUUAACUGUGUUUUGCCAGAGGAUAAAAGCUUCAUUUGUUAAUAAUAUUAACAAUUGACUAUUUUAAAUUAUAAGAAUAGAAAAAUAACAACAAAAAGAAAAAAAAACCCAGAUUACAAAAAGAAAAGCUCGAUUUUAAUCAAUAUGUUUGUUGACAAUUUGUUUUUUUUUUUUAACUACACAAUGAUCUGAACUAUUAUUAAGCUUACACUCCGAUAUAAGUGUUGCGCGCUGGUUAGGACUAUGGCGCAAACAGCAAACUGUAAUUAAAAAAAAUGAAAUCUAAGAAAUUUACUGUUCGUUCAAAACUAAAAACGAAAAACAAUUGAAAAAACAAACAAAACACACAUACAUACUAAUAUACAAAUGUAACUAAUGGUUCAUUCAUAUUUAGAAGUUAAUCCCUUGAAUUUGCCGAAUAAUGACACUUUUGUAGUUGAGUUGAAAUAAAAAAAAUUUGAACUUUAAAAAAUUGAAAAUUUGAAAAUUUUAACGAAUUUUUAUCUUUUCGGCCAGAAGCUCUGGCAAUUAAAUUUUAAAUAUGAGCGAGAAUAGUUAACGACAAAUUACGAUUACAAAGAACACCAAAACACUCGAACUCACACGUAAAAUACCCAGAACUCACCCACCCACCUCGUAUCACUUUUGUGUCCCGUCUCCAAAGCAGAGGAGAUUGGCGAUGCAUAUGUGAGACAAAACGUCGUCUAAAAUAAUCACUGUUUAUGCAAUGUUGAUACAACACCCACACUUCAAAUGAACACAGACAUUGGAAGUGAUGUUGCCUAUAGAUUCAUCCAAGCUAGCUAUUAAUCCCGUAUACCAAUCAUAAAAUGAUUAAACCAUUGGCCACCUAUAAAAAAGAAAUUUCUUUUUUGUAAACUCUUUCUACUAUACCUUAGUAUUGCCUCUAAACUAUAAACACAUCUCUGCAAUAUGUACACGUUUUAUUAUAGUUCUUUAGGCAUAUUUCGUUAAAAUCUUUUUUGUUUUGAAUCUUUACAUUGAUAUUUAUUAAACAUUGUUUUUUUCUCUUAGUUUUAUACCUGUAUCAUAUUGCGUACGUAAUUGUUUUCAUGUUUAUUUUUUAUUAUUAAUUGAAUUAUAUAUGUACAUUAUAUUUUAUUCAUACUUGAGUUUACUGUGCGAAACGCGCAGAGAUUUACAUUACUAAACAGAAAUCGAAAAUUGUGAUUAUGUGGAAAUUUCGACAAAAAAACGAUGUUAUUAUAUAAUAAAUUUAGUUACUAUCAUAAAUCAAUUGAAUGCAAACCCAAAACAAAGUUUUUUCAUUUGGUUUGAUGAGCACAACUUAGGAGGUGAACAUUUGUAGCGUUACUCUUAAUCAAAGAUUUCGAAAUCGUCUUGUGGAGUUUUAGUAAAAAACCUAUGUAGUGCAAUUUGUUGUAAGGCACACCAAAAUAUUUGCUGUCCCAACAAAAAAUCUAUUACACAAGGAAUAGUUCGUGGACUUUAAUCUAUUACAUAAUAAAAGUGUUUUUUUUCAAAAUUUUAUAAUAAUGUAUUAUAUGUUAGUACCAGGGACGUAGCCAGGGGGGAACCCCCCACCCAAAUGUUUUCGUCUAAAGAAACAAUUUAAACUAGUUUUAUUCUAAACAAAAAAAUUCAGCAACAUUUUUUAAAAAUAUUAAAUUUAAUUUUCAAGUUUUUUGUCUGUUAGGGGGAAGAUCAUUUCAUAUUUAUCAUAUUCUACCAAGACAACAUUUUGCUGAGGUCUGUGCCGCAUAAAAAUAUUUUUCUUAAGGAGAAAAGUGUAAUAAAAUUCUAAACAAAAUUUGAAUGAAUUUUUUUCUAAUCAAAUUUUAAUGAGAUUUUUCUAAAGACAAAAUUUUAGCGUCAUGUUCUCUAAUAACAUAAUAUCAGCAUGAAUCGGACCCCCUCGAAAUAAUUUUUAAGACAAACAUUUUUUCAAAUUUUUUUCCAAAGACAAAAUUUUUACAAAUAAAACUUUCAAAAAAAUUUCAGAGCAAAACUCUAAAGACUGCCUAAGCUCGAGAUUAUUUUUUAAAGACAAAAUUUCAAUAAAAUUUUGUAUUUUGUCCCAAACAACAUUUUCCUAAAAUUUUUCUAUAGACAAAUUUCAAUAAAUAUUUUUAAAGACAAAGCCAUUACGCUGAUUCUCGAUUCCGUUGUCUAAUUUUGAUAAAAUUUUAUAUAUAUUCAUAAUUUAGAGAAUUUAUGUUGACGUGGCAAUUUUUUAAAUAUUUUGAAUUUUAAAAUUUUUUGAAAAAAAAAUAUUUUUAUUUUAUUUAUUACAACAAAAAAGUAAUAUUCUUAAUAUUUUAUGACCAAUUAGCGAAGAAUGCUGGAUUUAAUGAUUUUGGUAUAAAAUCUUACCUGCUGUCAAAGGAAGUAGGAUUAUUGUCAUAAAUUUAUUUUUAUACCCUAAACCACCAUUGUGGUACAGGGUAUUAUAGAUUUGUGCAUUUGUUUGCAACGCUAAGAAGGAGAAGAGCUAGACCCACUGAUAAGUUUACCGAUUGAAUCAGAAUCACUUUCUAAUUCGAUUUAGCCAUGUUCGUCUGUCCGUCUGUGAGUCCCCAUGUAUUCAUGUAAUCAAAGUGCAGGUCGUAUUUGUUGUCCAAUCAUCACGAAAUUUUGCACAUAUCACAUUUUUGGCCCAAGGACGAACACUAUUGAUUUUGAUAAAAAUCGGUUCAGAUUUAGGUAUAUCUCCCAUACAUAUGUAUCGCCCGAUUUGCACUUAAAUUGCCAUAGUAAGGACAAUUUUCAACCGAUCUGCAUAAAAUUUGGCACGGACUGUUUUGUUACCGAUCUUAACAUAUCUACAAAAUUUCAUCAAAAUCGGUUCAGAUUUAGAUAUAGCUCCCAUAUAUAUGUAUCGCCCGAUAUGCACUUAAAUGGCCCUAGUAGCUACAAUUUUCAACCGAUCUGCACAAAAUUUGGCACGGACUGUUUUGCUACUGAUCUUAACAUAUUUGCUAGUUUUAUUUAGAAACGAUCAAGUGCAACAAUACAUUAAAACGAAUUCCAGAAAUCUCACUCCUAAGAAUUUUGAAAACUUUGUCAUUAGAUUUUUGGGAUAUAAAAAAUUGCCGACUUUUGACAAGCCAAUUUUCUUUCAAAACAUGAGGGGAAAAUUUUGUAUAACUCAUUUCAGUCGUCCACCUUAUGUUCAUUCAAAUUUCAUUAAGAUACCUCUUUCUUUUAUGAGCAAAAGUCACAGCCGAUGGGUCAGUUCCUGCACACAGUAGCGACCACAAUUUUAAACCUAAUUUCUGAUUUUGACAAAAAUGUGGGGUAGGCCCGCCCUCCCCAAAAUAAAAUCCUGCCUACGUCCCUGGUUUGUACAUUAACAUAAUUUCAUUUUUACAAGCUUUUCUAGUAGACAAGGAGUAGGUGCUAACAUAUUAGAUCUAAGGCCUUUAAGUAAAGCAGCUAACGUUCGCUGUUUCUAGAGGUAUGUCCUUCAAUCUUAUCUAAUCUAUGCCAUGCCCGGGUUCAAAUCCUGCCGACGAGAACAACUUAAAACAUUUUUCAGCGGUGGUUGUCCCCUCACCAAAUGCUGGCAACAUUUGUGAGUAUUUCCGCCAUGUACAACUUCUCAACCAAAAGGUGUCACUUUUCAGUGACACGCCGUUCGGACUCGGCAUAAAACAAGAGGUCCCCUUAUCAUUGAGCUUAAAUUUGAAUCGGGCAGCACUCAAUUGAUAUUGUGUGAAGUUAGUAUCCCUCUAAUUUAUUCCCCAAUGGGAUAUUUGGGAAACACUAAAUCAAUCAUAAAUCAAAUUUUUAAAUUCGACUCGUCAAGAGCAUAUUUUCUCAGUUAUCUCCAUUCGAUUCCUCUAAAUUAAGUUUGAUGGAAUGGUGUCCAUCACUAGGGCUCCGUAGAAAUGCCUAUACUAUUACUGAGAUGUAUUUUCCACAAUUUGAGUAGAUCAUUUGGUCUUAUCUGAUUAGUAGUAUCUGCUAUACUGUAAGUAAACGUGAGGCUUUCAUUUGUAAAGCGGCAGCGAGGGAAGCUUGCUAGACAACUGCCUUCAAACUGACCUUAGUUUCAUUUACGUUAAUUUUUUUUUUUAAAUUCAUAUUUUUUAAUUUGUUAUAAAAUAUACGAGUGUGUUCUGGGUUUAACUUUCACUUUUUCCACUGAAAAAAGUUGUUUCAAAGGGUAAAGAGAAAGCGAAUCCUAGAACAGACCAGAUAACAAUGAUUAAGUAAACUUUUAGUUAAUUACUCGCCAAACAUAGCAUGCAUCACAUUUUUUUUGUUGCAAAUUACUUUUAUCAUUGAAUUUAAAUAUUUUUAAAAUGUUAUAACAAUGAAGAUAGUUUUCUAAAAAAAAAAACACAUGUAAAAAUAGGAAAAACCCCACUUGCUUGAGAGUAUGUAGCUAUAACAACAAUAAGCAACUUGCUAAAAUUAUAAAUCAUAUUGACAAUAUGAUUUUCAAUGUCUGUAUCAUAAGCUAUCAUUUACCGGAAGGGGUUACGCAGACUCUAAGUUAAUGGUCUUAUUAUAAUUUCCCUUCUCUCUGCAAGACGAUCACAAUUAGUUAUAAUUUGAAUUGCCAAAAAUAAACAAAAAAGUCAUUGAUCCGAUUACGAUUGAAAGUCUAGAACUCUUUAGCUUUAUAAAGUUUAUUAUGGAAUGAAAAUGUUGUUUUUUUUUUUGCAAUAUAUGAAAUAAAGGGCAGAAUUCGAUUCAGAGGUCACAACAGAAAUGAAUCAUGCAGUCCGAUUUCAAAGUUUUUUUUUUUUGGUAUUCUGAACAAGAGUUAUUUAAAUCCAAAUCAGACAAUUUUUUUUGUUAUUUUUUUAUUUUGAACAAGAAUUAGUUGUUGUUGUUGUUGUGGUAGCAGUGUGUUAUACACUGAGGCGGCAGCCCUUGCCGAUGAAGAACUCCAUCGGGCCAAUCAGUCAGACAUGUCUACGAUACAAGCACAUCAGAUUGAUUCUUUUUCCAAGAAAUAUGCCUCAGAAAUGUAUGGAUUCUUUUAAACUUAACGUUAAAUUCCACAGAAUUUCAAGAAGAUAAAGAUAGACGACAAUGGCAGAUCUAUAAGAUAUUUUAAAAAUUUUUUGACUUACAUGCAUAUUUGGGACUUUCUACCAUUACCGGUCCAUAAACGUUCCCGCAGCGGCCGGUCCUAUCGAUCGAAACGAGUUUGAUCACAUAUCGAGCUUGAUGAGGAUCGCUACCUACAACAACAACCGGCACAUAAAUGAAAUACUUUUCAUGUUGCUGUUGCCACAUGUGGAGGUGGCGAUCCUACAAAAAUACAAUAAAAAUUUGCGUAAGAUGUGCACGCUUAUCAAUACAAACUGCUUUUUUGAACCUUAGCCUCAAGAUUUCUCCCAUUGUACUUCAGCUCUUGAUUUGCAAGGGUAGACUCUCUCUCCAGGGCUCAACACCUGUCUCAGAAUCUAGUCAAUGUGUCAAUUCUUCCACUUGGGACUUAUCAUAUGGUGGAUUCUUAUCGGAUGUAAUGCCGAUAUCGAUGACUGUAUACGUCGGAUCUUCACUGUUGAUCCUAUAAGCUACUUUGGCGUAAUGCCGAUGUCGAUGACUGCAUACAUCAGAUCUUCACUGUUGAUCCUAUUAGCUACUUUGGCGAUAAUCACUGAUAAAGGCUUCUUACCUUUAUCAGUGAUUAUCUUCCUACUCCAAGAUGACUGUGGUUUUUUUUCGAGCCACAGUCUUCCCUGAGGACUAAGAGGUUGGGCGUGCCUGUACCAGCUUUGGCUCCCUCCGUAGCUUACUGGAUUCUUUAUUGCGAUAGGGCUGACUUGAAUUUCGCAGAGUACUUGAAAGCGGAGAGCAUUGUUUCUUUUUUGGCGGUUUCGCAGUGUUAAGCUUUUUGGGAGAUCUGAAUCUUUCUAGCUUCCGCAGAAUAGUUGGAGGGUUUUUGAAUCCCCAAGAACAUUCAGCACUUUCACCAGAUUGCUCUGCCGAUACAUCUUCUACAGUUUCGUGUUAUCAUCCGGUUGACUUCUUUGAAAUCGGCUGCAAUGACAUUGUGGUUGAGUAAAAAUUUGCAAAUUUGGUCCUUAAACAUUCCACUAAGGAACAGGGGCAAACUUCUCAUAAUCAAUGAGUACAGUCCGAGUCAAGUUUAAGCUCAAUGAUAAGGGGCCUCCUUUUAAUAGUCCGAACGGCGCGGCGCAGUGUGAUACCUCUUUGGAGAGAAGUUUUACAUGGCAUAGUACCUCACAAAUGUUGACAGUAAUAGGAGGGAAAAACCACUGCUUUGAAAUUUUUUUUUGAUGGUCUAUCCAGGAUUCGAACCCAGGCGUUUAGCGUCAUACGGCGGACAUUAUAACCUCUGCGCUACGGUGGCCUUCAUUGGUUGUGGUUGAGUCUGUUUCGGAAAUUCUGUUCUAGUUGUGCGCUUGAUGUAUUAAUCUCGACUGCAUAGCACCCAACCAUGCAAGAGUGGGUUCACAAUUGAUGUAUCUGGACGACUCUUACCCUGGCAACUGAUCACGCACUGUUUUAGGGCUCCCUGCGCCGUGAGUUUUUUUCUUCAUCUUUUUUUUUUCAAUCUCCAAAAUAAAAGUUAGGUGCUUAUGGGUUUACAACAUGGCUUUUGCAAAUUUCCUGUUAAAAGCUUUCUACGAUGUGUCAUUUAGCGCUCCGUCAUUCGGACCCAGUCAUUAUCGAGCUAAACUCGAGUUCAACCAGCCACUGUUUAAUAAAGGUGCCUACGUGCCCGAAUAGAAGUUGGCUGAAAAUUUAAGAUUUUUCCAAAGAACCAAAACUUCAAACUCAAGCUGCUAUCUUAAAAUUUAAGUUGUUUUGCCCCAACGGGCCACUUGUUUCGAAUUUCGAUUGCUGAUUGAUUAUCAUUUUACUUUACAGAUGACUGCCCAAUUAUUAUUUUUUUGAAAAAAUUUGUUUUUGAAUUUAGUAUAUUUUCGUAAAAAAAAUGGUUGAACAUUUAAAGGCGCUUCUUACUGUGAGGCUAUUCUGUAUCUUUAACAUUACUCAUUGCCUUUCCCCAAAGUAAAUUUUCUAACCUUCAACACGUUUUCCUUCAUUUAAAGAUUUGUGUUUAAAAAAGGCGCAAAGUUAAGGACCUAUUAAACUACCGUUUAAGAAAAAAAUCCUAAAUAUCAAGAAAAUGUUUACUUAAAAAGUUUCAAAAUUGGUGAUCUUUGAAUUAAGUUUGAGAUCUUUGGCCCAAAUCUUUAAAAUAAAGACAAAAAAAAAUUCAGCUGGAAAUUCUAGCUAUGAGUGCUAUUUUCACUGAAAAUACAACUCAAGGCUGAUUUACAUAAAAUUUUCUCAUUUGCAUACAAAAACAACAUUUUGGUAAUUUUGCUAUGUUUAGUUAAGGUAUCCUCAAUAUAUUAUCAAGUUGGGACACGAAAAACUUCUGGACAAAUAAUACCAAUAGAAAAAACAUGAGUUCAGUGUGCCUCCGUCCCUGGUAAAUGAAAGUUGGCGUUAUCACUAACACUUAAAUAAGAAGAACAACAAAAAAAAAGACAUUUAUAGGAAAAUACCAUGUCUAUAUGAAAGGAGGCAUAACUUUUGAUUGACUUAACCAUAUAUCGUAAGCGAGAGAAAGAGUUUGUAGAUGUAUAUAUGAUUAUAACAGUUAAUUUGAAAAAAAAAAUAACAAAAACACAAAAAUAAAUAAAAAGCAGAUAACAAGAAAACUAUCAAAAUUACCUAGUUGUGUUAACAAAAAAGAGUAAAACGUAAUGAAAAAAUUAAACAAAUGCAAAUGAAAGAAUAUUUAAAUAAGAGAUAAUGAAAUAACAGAGAAAACAAAUCCUUAUAAGUGUUAGCAAAUUACAAGUAUAUGAAUGAAACAAAAACAACAACAACAAAGAAACAAAACAACAAAAAAACAUCAACCUGAAAAUAAUUAUUAUAUCCUCCACCACAAUAUGUUGUGGGGGCAUUUUAUGUACUAAGUUUAAAAAUUCAUUUCUGUUUGUAUAACAAACAAAUCAAAGCCAUAGAUCGCAGAUCGAACUGUAUGACAGUGAAAGAAUGUCUCGUGUCCGUUGUCAGUCUGUAUGGUUGGGGGGGAUAGACACAAUCAAAACAAACAGAAACAAAAAACGAAGAAUCUUGACGGUUCCGAAGAUUGUAUAUUAAAUUUGCAGCGUGAUUGUUACACAGGAUCUAAUCCUCAAGUGAGGUUAUGGUGUGUUGUGUAUAUAAAGCAUAGCUUGUUUUGAAGAAAUUUUUAUUAUAUUUUCUUAGGUGAUAUUUUCUACAACAAAUUUUUAUUUAAGCUAAAAAUUAUCAAUUUUUUCCAUGACUUGGCUAGCAUUUUGAAAACAAUAUUUGUAGUCGCACAGUGAUCGAUUCGAUUCCAGCCAAAAUUUGUAGGCGAGUAGAGGACCUACUCCCUUAGCAUAUGGUUUAUCCAGUCUCUAAGGACCGGGUCCACCCGGUACUAGUCUAACGAUUGGAUCAGCGUGUCGCUCUGCACAUUGUUAAAAGCCCUCGAUGUCAAUGCAUACCGCCAGUGUGUACGUUUUGGCAUCCAAGGAUUCUUCUAUUUUAUGCACAACCUCGUGCAGGGCAGUCUCCACCGACCUUCCCUUGACAUAGGCAUGCUGUUUGUAUUUGAGCAGUUCGCUGGAUGUCCAUGGUUUUGAGUAGAAAGGAUGUAAGGCUUAUGGAUCUGUAGGCCUUUGGUGUCGCAUAACUUGCCUUGCCGGGCUUGGGUAUAAACACCACCCUUGCCUCCUGCCAGGCUUUCGGAGUAUAUGAAAGUCCUAGGCACGCUGUGAAAAUUUUGGCCAGACGAGGCGCCAGAGAGUCUGCCUCUUUCUGUAGUAACGACGGAAAUAUUACAUCAGGUCCAUCUGACUUAAAUGGUUUGAAGCUCCUCUAGGAUUCCUUCACCAUAAAUGCCGUUAUAAACCUUCGAUCAAAGCCAUUAUUCCAAGAUUCCGGUGUCUCCAUGAGUUUUCAAUGGGUUUUCAUCAAAAGCCUCAACAUGUCCUCCGUUGUCUCUGCUCUCACUCCCAUGUCGUCUACUAAAAUUUCAGUUUGGAUAUGGAUUUUUGAGAGAAACUUUUUUAUCUUGGCGGCGUCAUUAACGCUAUCGACCUGUUCGCAGAAAAGCUUCCAGGAGGCACUUUUGCCGCUCUGGUAAUCUUAUUGUAUUCUUUGAGCCGUGUGUAAUACACAUCCCAAUAAACUUCCGCGUUUCUACGAAGUGAUCUGUUAAAAAGUCUGCGAACCUCUUUCCCAAUAUUGCGAAUCUCCCCGGUCAUCAAUGGUUUUUCUUGGGCUGAAUUUCCUUUCCCGAAUUUCCUUUUCCUGAAUUUCCUUUCCAUUCCCCACCAGUGCAGUCGUAAUCCUGUUGACAUUUUCGUCAAUCUCUUCUAUGUUUGGACAAUCUAAAUUAUCUUGCCCUAGUCUUCUUCUGUGUAGCCUUCCGAAUUUUGUCCUGUUGGUUUUCAACUUAUUCCGGAAUCUUAUCGGGUUCGGCGCUGGCUGUGCUAUUCUAAACCUAAUGUAGCGAUGGUCAGAGAAAGAGUGUUCCAUGGAGACCCUCCAAUUCCAUGGAGACCCUCCAAUUCCAUGGAGACCCUCCAAUUCCAUGGAGACCCUCCAAUUCACAUCUAAUACCUCCUCCCUAAUGCUAUUAACAAAGAUUCACUCCAAUUCACAUCUAAUACCUCCUCCCUAAUGCUAUUAACAAAGAUAGCGGUGUUUAUUAGUGGUGGUACUAUCUCACGAAAUGUGGUGAGAGUUCGCAUCGCACCCUAUUAGUACCUCGUUUCCUGUCUGUUUUGCUUUCCUCACCAGCCGUUGCAGCUCCGACGUAGGUGGCGGUGUCGGAGAGUCGAAAUGCAGAUAAAGUGAUGCCAGGUAUGCUCCAUCGUCUCCCUGUCUCACCACUGUUUCAUCCAACGUUGACAACUCUGGGGAAAAUAUAUAAUUAUAAUUUUUAUGACAAAUAACGCAGGUCUUCGGCCGAGUACCAGUGUUAUCAUAGAAUAAUUGGUAGUUCAUAUGGUUCAGUCCAGAAACUUUGUUUCGGAAUUAAGGCAAUAUCAAUCUUGCUCUUGAUCCGGUGGAGGUUUAUCUGGAUUACCUCAAUCAUUGGUACUCCAGUAAAUGGUCAUCUUGGGAGUCGGUAAUGAUCUCAUCGUCUGCUCCCUGUUCUUUAGACUGCAUUGACUUUCCUGUCACCGCACUGCCUGAUGUCAUCGUUUUAGGUUCUUUGCCUAGUCUAGUCUUCCGACUUUUUAUUAAGUCGGUAAUGGUUGCAUCGUCGGGUCCCUGUUCGUUAAGUUUUAUUGGGUUUCCAUUUCCUGUACUGCCUAAUGUUUCAAUACUAGGAUCUUUGCCUAUCUUAGCCUUCCAAAUCUUAAGUAAAUGGGCUUCAUGGGAGUAGGCGAUGGUACCAUCAUCGGCUCCCUGUUCGUUGGGUUGCAUUGAGACUCCUGUCGCUGCGCUGCCUAAUGUUUCAAUAUUAGGAUCUUUGCCUAGACCCAGAUGGAUCCGUCGUCGGGUUCCUGUUUAUUAGGCUGUAUUGGGUCUCUCGCCACUGCACUGCCUGAUAUUUUAGUAUUAGGAUCAUUGCUUCCCCUAGUCUUUCCAAUAUUGAGAGAUGCCGUGAUUGUCUGUCGUUGUUAAUGCUAUACAUCUCUGGAAUAAUCUUCCCAAUGUAUUCAAAUUAUUAGUAACGAACGACAGUUCAAAUCUUCGAUUUAUAAUCAUUUUAAUUUAUUAUUGGUUUUGUCUUUUAUAACUAUUUAUUCAUUUAUUUUAUCAGUAACUUUGAUUGAAUUGUUAAAUUUUCUUUUAAGUUUUUUCUGCUUUUUUAAUUUUUUUUUACCUUUUUUUAUUUAAAUAUUGUAUCAGUAACUUUGCUUAAAUUGUUAAAUAUUUUUUACCAAUUAUUGUUCUAUUUAAAUGAAAACUUGUUGUACUUAUUGUUCAAUUUACCAACCCAAGCUUUAUAUAAGACAUUGUCGUUUGUAUGGGUUUUAUAUUAUAAUAAAAUACAAAUACAUUGUAUUUAAGUUUAUUUUCAAGAAACUGUUUAUUUAUUUGUAUUUCAUAUCUGUUUAGCACUUAUUUAAUUAAUAAUACUUUACUCAAUUUUAUUUGUUUUUAAAUUAUUUAGUUAAUGUUUUAAAUUAUUGAAGUAUCAAAAUUGUUUACUCAUUGUAGAAGUUUUAUUUGCCAGAAAUUUAAAACUAGUCAGCUCAAAAUGGAAAAUUCCAAAUCUUUUUGUUUCUAAUGCAGCUUUUCAUGGAAAAUAUUGUAUAAAUGAUUCGAUCAAUUUGUUUUUGUUUACGGGUCAAAUUUAAACAAAACUAAUUUUGGGUAAGAUAGAACCGCCGAGGACCUGGAUUUUGUAGUAUUUUCAAAAUACAGAGAACCAAAUUCUUCUCGUACAUUUCUGAAAAUCAAACAAAGAAAAAAUAAUAAAAUUAUGUUGGAGGGUAUAAUAAAUUCGGCCAAGUCGAAUAUGCAUAGCACUCUUAAUUGUUUUUAGUAAAAAAUUCUAAUAAAAUAAAUAUAUAAAUAGAAUGUAAUAAUAUAUAUAUAUAUAUAUAAAUAUAAAUAAAUAAAUAUAUAAUUAUAGAGAAACAACAAUGUCCUAAAGUAACUGAGAAAUAAUACAAAAAAUUGAAACAAAAAGGUCCUUCUAAUCUGUGUUUGUAAUUCUAUGUUAACAAAAUGAAAAUGAAAUGAGGAAAUGCAAACGAAAAAUACGAAAAAAGCCAAUCUGAAACAAUGAGGAAAAAACAGCCACCAAAUGUGUUAUAAUUGAUUUCCUCCUCAAUGUUGGCAGUACGCUUUUAAAAGUAUGAGAAAAAAUGCUGAUAACAAUAAAACAACAAACACAACAAAAAAAAAAUCGGAACAGAGACAUUUUCCAAAGGGAAAUGAAGCCAAAAUGGAAACGUUUAAAAAAAAAUUUAAUUUAAAAAAUCGCAAUUAAUGUAAAGGAAAAAAAAUCCCGGAUAAAAACAUCCUUAAGGGCUUACAUUUUCUCAAUCUAAAAUCAUGUAUUGUUAAACAAAUCAUAUGAUAAUGAACGAUGUUGAACUGCUGUUUGAUUUUGACUCAAUCAUAUGUAUGUAGAUUCUUUACGGAGUAAUCCCCAGGUAUACUCAAUCUUUUCUGUACAAUGUUUUCUUUGAGAUGUUUAUUGAAGUUGAUAAUUGAAGAUGUGUUUGUAUAAAACUCACCAUAAACAAAACUGUAAUUAAAGUCGCACUUUUUGUUGAAGCUCCCGUAUAGUGCCCAAAUAAAUAGUUCUUCCAUUUUGAAUUUCUGUAAGUACAGAGGGAUGUCAUUGGUGUAUUCAAUGGUUUGUUGCACAUAGGUCUAUAUUUCGAUAAAAGGUCCAUAUAAAAAGAUUUAACUCAGAACGAGUUAUUUUAAAAUUUAAAGUAUGGAAUUACGAGUAAUGUUAAUAACAUCGUCCAUAAUUAAUAUCCCAGCAAAAUUUUUCCUUCCAAAGUUGUAAAAAAACUUUAGUUUUAGGGGAUCUGGAUGUACUUAAAAGUUCAGUCUUGUAUUUCUGACAAACAAACUCAAGUCAGGAAUCAAAAGACAUUAUUUCGAUAAACACACACUGUGCAAGUAUCGAUAGAACAGUGCCACACAAUCCACUUUUCGACAAUUUUCAAGGGAAAACUAGGCCGAAAAACAUGCCCAUACCAAAUUUAAAGACGAUCGGAUGAAAACUGCGACCUGUACUUUGUACACAAAUUAACAUGGACAGACGGACAUAGCUAAAUCGAAUCAGAAAGUGAUUUGAGUCGAUUGGUAUACUUAUCAAUGGGUCUAUCUCUCUUCCUUCUGGGUGUUACAAACAAAUGAACUAGGUAAUAAUACCCUGUACCACAGUAGUGGUGUAGGGUAUAAAAAUUGUUGGAUACCCUACCAAUCCAAUCAACACCAAAUCCCGCUUCUGUUCAAGCAGCUGUAAUCAAUCUUCGGCCUGAUGUACCUAGUGUAGAUAUUAAAAAGAUCAGAGGGAGUGAAAUAUUUCUUACAUCGCUUAAGAAAGCCAAAGCUCUUAAAUUCUUCCUUAUAUUUAUAUAAGAAAAGGUAAGAUGGAAGGACACGAUUGUCAGCCCAUAGCUUAAGCUCAGACAAAACUCUCCAGUGUCGUGGCAAAAACGCCUGCUACUGAAGUUGAAUUGGAAUCAGCAACCACAGUAUUCAUACAGCUUAACCGUCCUUCAUAUUGUGGGGUUUUUUUUAGCAGAUGUUGACACAGGGGCCAUACUCCUCGAUUUCGUUGCUGGUGGAGGAGUUGAUACGUUCCUUACUCGUCCAUAACUGAGAGACUGCCGAUCCCUGAUCGUAUAUAGAGAGGGAGUGGCUAAAGAAGUCUUAAUUUCUUCUUCAAGCCAGGGUCUGCCAUCUCGUGUCAAGGAGAUGCUUUCUAUUUGGGUCGGUUUAUGCCUUUCUCCCUGAGUGAGAGUUCGGCCGUGCUCUUACCGACAAACAUUCGCAGGUAAAAGCAAACCCGUUCAUAGGGGUCUCACGCUUUUAUGGCUUUUGACUUUUCCUCGCAAGUGACCUUCACUUGACCUAACAAGAUCCAAUACACUCUGCCUUGUGAAAAAAGUGUUUCAGUGACCUUUGAUUAACUGCCAGCCUUUUUUGAGAUGGAGGUUACUCCAUGGCGUUAUCAUACAUCUUCACAAAUGAAAAGGGUUCCUGGUUUGCACGACAGAAGAAGAUGAUGAGAUCAUAGUGAGCUCCAGAUGCUCUUCCGAUAAAGUCAGGACCUUGCCUGGCAAAGUCUGAUCCUCUAGCAUGUCCAAUGAAACACUCUCCCACCUGAGUGCAAUGCAUGGCUAAUCGUUUUAAAUUUCUAGAACAGGCUUCUCUAGAUCGCUAUAUUGCGCGGCUAGGUCGCUAUUGAGUUGUUGAUCCUACAAGGGUAAGGAACAGGAGGCAAGGAUUGGAAAAGUCGCUAUUAUUCGCUGAGGCGUACAGGAAGAUCGGUCUAUAUGGAGUAUAGGGAAUUUGGUAUUUUACAUAUUAAACUUCAGUCCAAUCUUCAGAAAAUUAAAGAAGGACCAUUUUAUAUGGGAGCUAUAUCCAAAUCUGAAACAAUGUGGCCAAUUUGCACUACUCAACGAACUACAAUACAUCAAUAACAAGUAUCUGAGGGAAUUUUCAAAUGGAUAUCUUUAUUCGUUCGACCACUAUUAUCGACGGACAGACAUGACUUUAUCGACAUAGUAGAAUGUUGAAACUCUCAGGAAAAUAUUUCGAGGUGUUACGAAAGGAAUGGCGUGUUUUAAGGUGGUAGGCGUUAAACUGAAGAUUUUUAUGUUAUGCAUAUAUGUGAUUGAUUCUCUAGUUCAAGGCGCACAUUUAGUGGGUUUCAGUAAUACUUUGCUGUAAAAAUAUCAAACCGAAUGACGUUCAAUAUCAAUAAAGUUGAUGACGACAAAACAUUGACAUAAUCUAUGUAGUCGGUCUUUUAAAAGCGCACAUAAGCCCCAUGUUGCACCCUAUCAGCCGGUAGUUGUCUCCAGCAUUACUACCUGAAGUACAAUGUUGUUCAGCAAUUUGUCCCCAAGCUAUUUAUAUACAUUCGACCAUUUCUACUGGAUUUUAAAGCAAAUUUAACAGCAAACGGUCAUUGAUGUUCGUUUUUACUCAUGUUAUACCAUUUUGGCUGAUUUUCAUCUAGAUAGAAUGCCUGUUGUAAAUUACAAAAAAAGAAUAAUUAUAAAAACAUAGUCUAAUAAAGAAGAUAUAUAAUUAAUAUAAUUAAUUUAAAACCACAUGGAAAAUGUUAAACAAAAAUGAGAGAAAGAGUAAUUGUUUUUAGUAUCAAUCAUUACAAUUAUGAUAAAAAAAUAUUAUUUUUUCUAAAAUUAUAGUUACGACAUAUUUACUUGAAAAUAUCCUCUAAUUAAUUCAAAUAAAAUCUACUUUAGCCAAAUUAGCUAAAUACUGUUGAUGUAACUUAAAAAAAACAAAACGAAAUGAAACAAAACCAAAUUUGUAUUAAUUUUUUUCUAUAUUUAUUUAAAAAUUUAGUUAAAACUUCUUUUUUCUCCAUAUGGAAUGAUGUUGUUUGUGUAUGUACGAGUAUAUGUAUGUAUAUGUGCACCGUUAGACAAACAGUUACCAAUUGGGUAAUGAAUAAGGACAGUUGAAAGCGCCUAAGAAGGAUAACAUGUGUCAUCUUCCUUCCUUACUGCUGUACUGCUCUCAUGAAUGAAAAAAACCAAGUUAGAACACAAAACAAAAACCAAGAAACCGAAAAUACAAUAAGAGAACGAUUUCAAUAAUAAAGAUUUAGAACUAGUUUGGACUCUGA